GCAAGUACCACUUUCCCUCGCCGAUUUGGUCUCUCUCCCCGCCCCCCCUUUGCUCCCUCGCAGUAGCAGCCACCGGCGCACCGCCAUGAGGCACCUAAUCUCCGGCGGUAUCAGCAAGCUCCGGGCCGGAAUUGGCUAUCCAUUGACUCCUCGGAGAACUUACAGUCUGAUUCCCAUGGUGAUCGAGCACUCAUCCAGAGGCGAGCGAGCCUACGACAUCUUCUCUCGCCUUCUCAAGGAGCGGAUCGUCUGCAUCAAUGGCCCGAUCUCUGACGACACCUCCCACGUCGUGGUGGCUCAGCUCCUCUUCCUCGAGUCUGAGAACCCCUCCAAGCCCAUCCACAUGUACCUCAACUCCCCUGGUGGCACCGUCACUGCAGGUCUUGCAAUUUAUGAUACAAUGCAGUACAUAAGAUCUCCUAUCAAUACUAUUUGUUUGGGUCAAGCUGCAUCCAUGGCCUCUCUUCUCUUGGCUGCUGGUGCAAAAGGUGAGCGGCGGUCUCUCCCAAAUGCGACAGUAAUGAUUCAUCAACCCUCAGGCGGAUAUAGCGGGCAGGCCAAAGAUAUGACGAUUCACACAAAGCAGAUUGUUCGUGUGUGGGAUUCACUUAAUGCGUUGUAUUCGAAGCAUACAGGACAGUCUGUAGAAAUAAUUCAGAAGAACAUGGAUCGGGAUUAUUUUAUGACUCCAGAAGAGGCAAAGGAAUUUGGGAUAAUUGAUGAGGUUAUUGAUCAGAGACCAACAGCUCUUGUCACAGAUGCCAUCGGGGAUGAGUCCAAAGAUAAAGGUUCGAAAUAGCUUUUAGGGCAAAUCCCAAAUUUCUGGGUUUUUUUGUUGUGGGUCUCUCUCAUUUUGCAUUUAAUUGGAAGGAUUUAUUUAUUUCUACAUCUUCUGUGGUGAAGUUGGGGAUCAUUUCAUUUUGUUUAACUUAGUCUUUUUCCUAAUUUAGCACACGUCUCUGGUUGGUUCCCUUUUCUGGUUUCCUAAUCUCUCUCUCUCUCUCUCUGAGGCUUUUCAGAUGUAUUUUUAGCCAUUGCCUAGCACCCAAAAUUUGGAGAUUUUAUUUCUAUGAAUGUGGUUACUACUGGUUC